CUGUCACUUGAGUUUGAAUUGAGACUUUGGUAACCUAAAAGAUUGAAUAAAAUUAAAAUCGAAUAAUAAUUAUACAAUAUUAUAUUUAACUUGUACCUAUAAAAUUACUGAAGGACAAAUUGAGAAAGAAACAGUUGUUGAAUAAUAUAAAUUAUCUUUAUUUACAUUAUACAAUGUCAGCUCUUCGAUCCCGGUUAGGGGGGUCUUCUAGACUUCUGUCUAGGAUUAUUUAUCAUUCCAAGACUCAAUCCAAUUUAAUAUAUCGCGCAUCUGUUCCUGCUAAUAAUUUCGAAAGAUUCAAUGUAGCCUUGCACUACAGUACAGUAUCUGACCAGAAGCCAGUGGAAUCGAGUAAUGAUAUAUAGAAAAGAAAGAAUUUCAAGCUGAAACUAGAAUGCUGUUGGAUAUUGUGGCUAGAUCUUUAUAUUCAGAUAAAGAAGUAUUUAUCAGAGAACUCAUUUCAAAUGCCAGUGAUGCUCUUGAAAAGUUUCGUUACUUAAGUGUUAGUUCAUCUCCAGACUCGCCGAAACUGGAUGGCUUAGACAGAGCCCUCGAAAUAACAUUGACCACAGACAAACAGAAUAGACAACUUAUAUUCCAGGAUUCUGGUAUUGGCAUGACAAAGGAGGAAUUAAUACAAAACUUGGGAACAAUAGCUCGGUCGGGGUCCAAGUCCUUCAUAGAGGAGGUGAAGAAGCAGGGCUCGGAACAAGCGAGCUCCAUCAUUGGCCAGUUUGGUGUGGGAUUCUAUUCUGCUUUCAUGGUCGCCGAUAAAAUAGAAGUGUUCACUAGAAGCAGUAUCGCUGGCUCCAAAGGAUACAAAUGGAGUUCCGAUGGGUCGGGGUCAUAUGAAAUACAAGAGGUAGAUGGAGUGGACAUCGGCACCAAGAUUAUCGUACAUUUGAAGACUGAUUGUAGGGAGUUUGCCGAUGAUGAUACUGUCAAGAAUAUCAUAAUGAAAUACAGCAAUUUCAUCGGCAGCCCCAUUAAACUGAACAAUGAACAAAUUAACUCUAUUAAGCCGCUGUGGCUGAUGGAACCCAAAGAGGUGACAUCGGAGCAGCACAUAGAGUUCUACAGGUUUAUUGGCAACUCUUACGACAAGCCACGCUUCACACUUCACUACAAGGCGGAUGCACCUCUCAGUAUCCGAUCCAUACUCUAUGUGCCCGAGGGCAAGCCGGGCCUGUUCGAACUCUCCCGGGACUCGGACGUCGGAGUCGCUCUGUACUCCAGAAAGAUCUUGAUCAAGAGCAAGGCGGAGAACAUACUGCCGAAGUGGCUGAGAUUUGUUAAAGGCGUCGUGGACUCGGAGGACAUUCCGCUGAACCUGAGUAGAGAAUUAUUGCAGAACAGUGCUUUAAUAGCGAAGUUACGAACCGUGCUGACGAACCGUUUCCUGAAGUUCAUGGCGGACAUGGCCAACAAGGAGCCGGUCGGCUACGAAGCGUUCUAUCGGGAUUACUCGCUGUUCUUCAAGGAGGGCAUCGUCACCAGCCAGAAUCCCCUGGAGAAGGAGGAAAUAGCUAAGCUGCUGCGUUUCGAGUCAUCAAAACUGGAGAACGGCGUCAGGACGUCGCUGGCCGACUACAACAAGCGGCAGAACAACGACCAGAGGAAUAUAUACUACUUGGCAGCGCCCAGCCGAGAGCUGGCGCAGUCUUCUCCGUACUACGAGUCACUGAAGAAGAGAGACGUCGAGGUCCUGUUCUGUUACGAAAUGUACGACGAGCUGGUGCUGCUGGAGCUGAAGGAGUUCGGCGGCAGGCCGCUCGUGUCCGUCGAGAACGACAUGCAGAAGGAUCCCGCAGACGGCACCGACACCAUCAUAGGCAGCGGGGAACUAGAGCAAAGCCAGGUGAACGACCUCAUAUCGUUCCUGAAGACGAAUCUCGUGGGCAAAGUGUUCGAGGUGCGGACGACGAGAAGGCUGGACACGCAUCCGUGUGUGAUCAUCGUGCCGGAGAUGGCCGCGGCCAGGCACUUCAUACGGACACAGGCGCAGAACCUCAGCGAGGACAACAGAUUCGCGCUGCUCCGGCCGCAGCUCGAGAUUAACGCCAAACAUCCCAUCAUCAGAAAAUUACACAAACUGAUCUCCAGCGACAAGGAGUUGGCGAGUAUGAUCUCCAAACAGCUGUUCUCCAACGCCAUGGUGACGGCCGGCCUCAUGAUGGACGCGCGCACCCUGGUCACGGACAUCAACGAGCUCUUAAUAAAAGCUUUGGAAAAACACUGAAUGAUCUUUACACGAAGCUACGUUGACUGUUUUACAAAUAUUAUAUAAUUAAUAAAUAUAGUUAUUUACAAAAA